ACGUCUUUUAAGUGCUAACCCCAAAGAAAAUAAAGACAACCUGAAAGUUCUGGGAACCUUGGACUGAUCUGGCUUUAGCAGGUAGAUUUAAAGAAUCUCUCUCUUCUCUCUCUUUUAAUGGUCCAGACUUAAAUUUGAUGAGAAUAUUGGUAUCCUCUGCUUUUUGAAAAUUCACAUUAUGUCUCUCGGCUUUUAUGAAAGACUUAUAUUAGUACUUGUUUUUGUUAACUGAAAGAAAUAUGAAGAUUUUCCUUGUACUAAGAAAGGUGAAAAGCAAAAAUAGCGUUCACCGUUUGUUUUUCAGUGAGCCAUUAGGGAGGCAGUGCAUAUCCCAGCAGCAAGAGUGGUGCUGCCAAGCUUCUUUCCCCAGGAACUACACUCAGCAUCCCAGCGCAAGGUUUGGAGAAGAGAGUAUGGAUCGGCUAAUAAGGUGGAUGCAAAACCGCAAGAUUCCAUUGGAUGCUUCAGUGCUUGAUAUUGGAACUGGAAAUGGUGUUUUCUUGGUUGAACUUGUUGGCAAAAUUUGGUUUCUCUAAUAUUACCGGAAUUGAUUAUUCACCUUCUGCAAUACAGCUUUCUGGAAGUAUUAUAGAGAAAGAGGGUUUAUCUAACAUUAAGUUGAAGGUAGAAGACUUUUUGAAUCUUUCCACAAAGCUGUCUGGAUUUCAUAUUUGUAUUGACAAAGGAACUUUUGAUGCCAUAAGCCUUAAUCCUGACAAUGCGAUUGAGAAGAGGAAGCAGUAUGUGAAAUCCCUGUCUGGGGCGUUGAACGUGAAAGGCUUUUUUCUAAUAACCUCUUGUAAUUGGACCAAGGAAGAGUUGCUAGAUGAAUUCAGUGAAGGGUUUGAACUUUUCGAAGAGCUGCCAACACCCACGUUCAGCUUUGGAGGCAGAUCUGGAAACAGUGUAACGGCAUUGGUUUUCCAGAAAACGUGAGACUUUCCACUGGACAAAUUCAGUUAGCUUCAUUAAGAAGCUCCACAUCAGAGUUAACCUGACACAGAAAAUGCCAGUGCAAAUAAAUGCUUAGUAAGUACCCAGGAUGCACAUGUUGAAAUGAAAUGGGUUGGUAAGAAUAUGAACAUGUAAGCGGUUGAGUUUUAGAGACCAACCAAGAACCAUUUAAAGUUUACUUUUGUAUUUGAGAUGUAAGUAUUUUUCUCUUUGAUUAAAAAAAAUUUUCUGUAACUGCUGAACAGUCAAAAACCUUAAAGCAGUAAAUGAAUUUACAGAAA